UAGUUAGAUACGUGAUGUGAUUGAUGUGCUGUCCUCCGCUGCUUCCUUUUCUCCUAAUUGCAAUUCAAAUUUGAGUUCGACCAACCUAAAUGCACUGUGAUUUGGCAUUUAUAGCGGAGGCGAAACGCCGAUUCCAGAAUAAGCCCGGCACCAAUUCUCAAUUGAUUCUUUGGGGGUUGUUUCUCGCCGUAUAAAUCGAUCAUCUUAUCCCUUUGUUUCUGAGCAAUCGGUUGGAUUGUUGGUAAGCCCUCCAAACCAAACCCUUCUGUUUCGUAUUCUUCAAUUUAAUCAUCCAUGGAUUUGAAGAACUUUUUUGGGGGGAAUGGAUGAGCUUGGCUUGAGCAUUAAGAGCUUUCGACGUUGGAGCUGCUGUUUUUUCUGUCUUCUAAAGUUGUUCGAGCAAUAGAUUUGUGUACUCGGGGAGGCCGUAAAUUGAGAUCGAAUCACUAUAAUGGGAACCUCACAUCGCAGUGGGGUUUCUAAGAAGUCGAAUGACACUGCCCGACUCCUUAUAACAACUGUCAUGGGGAUGACGUUGGGGUAUUUUAUAGGGGUUUCGUUUCCAUCGGUUUCUUUGGACAAGAUUAAUCUACCCUCAAGUCUGAUGUCAUCGCUUGAUGUAGCUUUUAAUGAGGAAUCUCAGAUUUCUGCUCGUCGGGAUUUACCUGGGAAUCGGGGUUCAAGUGGCAGUAGUACUUCUUUGACACCUAAGAUAUACGUUCCUACAAAUCCCCGUGGUGCGGAGUUCUUACCUCCAGGAAUUGUUGCUGCUGAAUCUGAUUUUUUUCUGCGCAGACUAUGGGGUGAUCCCAAUGAGGAUGUGAAAAAGAAGCCAAAGUAUCUGGUAACAUUUACAGUUGGGUUUGAUCAGAAAAACCAUAUUAAUGCUGUUGUAAAAAAGUUUUCGGAUGAUUUUCAAAUCCUACUUUUUCAUUAUGAUGGCCGAGCAAGUGAAUGGGAUCAAUUUGAGUGGUCUCAACAUGCCAUUCAUAUAAGUACAAGGAAACAAGCAAAAUGGUGGUAUGCAAAGCGAUUUCUUCAUCCUGAUAUUGUAGCUGCGUAUGAUUACAUUUUCAUAUGGGAUGAAGAUCUUGGAGUUGAACACUUCGAUCCUGAUAAGUACAUUCAAUUGGUGAAAAAACAUGGUCUGGAGAUUUCCCAACCUGGUCUUGAGCCCAACAAUGGACUGACAUGGCAAAUGACGAAGAGGAGAGGUGACAAAGAAGUUCACAAGAAUACAGAGGAAAAACCAGGCUGGUGUAGCGACCCUCAUCUACCUCCAUGUGCAGCAUUUGUAGAAAUUAUGGCUCCAGUAUUUUCUCGUGAAGCUUGGAGAUGUGUUUGGCAUAUGAUUCAGAAUGACUUGGUUCAUGGAUGGGGAUUGGAUUUCGCAUUGAGAAGAUGUGUAGAUCCUGCACAUGAAAAAAUUGGCGUUGUCGACUCACAGUGGAUUGUGCAUCAAGUAAUUCCCUCACUAGGGAAUCAGGGGGAGUCCUUGGAUGGGAAAGCACCAUGGAAGGGGGUACGAGAGAGAUGCAGAAAGGAAUGGGCACUUUUCCAGGACCGCCUUGCGACUGCGGACAAGGCUUACCUUACAAAGGUUUAGCGCAAAAAUCUACCAUCUGACGGGGAACUUAUCGUGUACAUUAUGUUUUUCUAGCGUAACCUCGAGUGCCAUUGGCCCUAUUCUUUCAUGAGUUUAUAGCAACCCUUUUCUCCAUUAGUUGUAGGAUACAUUGCAAAAUAGUGUAAAAGCGCCGUUGGAUUCUGAAAACGUAUGCUCGCUUCGCUUGUGCAGCAGUAGAUAAUAUGUAUCGGUUUUCUUUUUUUGCUUAACGACAUGCUUUAUUCAUUCCCCGA